CUUGCAUUUUUUGUUCACUCCAUCUCCCAACUACAUGUCUCAGCAUUUUCAAACACUUUAUGUUAUAUUUUUAUCAAUCUUGAACAUCAAUUAUUACACAUAAUUAAUUGCAUGUGUUCCUCAAAACUCUCCACACUUCAUUCAAUGCCCUUAUUUCUUUAUUCAUAUUUGACUUUCCAAGUUUUCUCCUCUUUCAUAAAAACUAAUAACAUUCACUCGUCUAAUUUCCAGCUUGGAUCUCAUUCAAUUCAUAAAACGCAUACAAUUUCAAUUAAUCAUAGGUCGUCAUAUUCUUUAUUCGUUACCGUAGUGAUGGAUGCAGCAGCAUCGCAUAAACAUAUGUUCAUUCAGUUUCUUGUUUCAUUCAAAAACCAGCAGAAAAACAAUACGAGUGUAACACACUUAACUCCAAUGGGUGCAGUUUCUGAAAACGGCUUCCCUAUAAUUGGUGUUGCGAUGUUAGGAAUCAUGGCUAUAGGGUUCUUGCUGGUGAGUUACUACAUCUUUGUUACAAAAUGCUGCAUCAACUGGCAACAAUUUGACCCAUUAAGACGCUUCUUCAAUACGCGUCCACGCCAAUAUGAAGAGACUUAUACACCAUCAAGAGAAAGCAGAGGACUUGAUGAAUUGGUAAUAAGAGAAAUUCCAACUUAUCCAUACAGCAGAAACAGAGUUGGUGAAACAAGUUUUAGAAGAUGUGUUGUUUGUUUGAAUGAAUUUAAAGAAGAUGAAAUGCUUAGACUUCUUCCAAAAUGUAGCCAUGCUUUCCAUUUAGACUGCAUUGAUAUUUGGCUUCAAAACAAUGCUAGUUGUCCUCUUUGUAGAAGUAGCAUUUCAGGUACAGCAACUAAACAUCCAAUCGAUAUGAUUAUCGCGCCAAAUUCAUCACCUCAAGAUCCUCAUAUUCCACUUCUGAGAAGAAGAAGCGAGGAGGAUUUCCUAGUGAUUGAAUUGAGUGGUGAACUUGGAACAGAGGCAGAGGCGCAAAACUCUGUUAGUGACUUUGAACAGAGGAUUGAUAAGUUGGAUAAAGGACAAACAAGGAAGUAUUCAAUGAUGGGAGAUGAAUGUAUAAAUGUAAGAGAUAAAGAUGCUCUGUUUUCAGUUGAGCCAAUAAGGAGAUCGUUUUCAAUGGAUUCAGCAGCAGAUCGACAUGUUUAUUUAUCAGUGCAACAGAUGAUACGUCAUAAUAGGCAGAUGAUCAGUGAGGUCAGAAACAAUGGUGAAAGCAGUAGUAGAUCGAUUCGAAAAUCCAUCUUUUCUUUUGGACAUAGAAGAUCUAAGACAUCAGUUUUACCUUUUGAAUCUUAAAAAAAUUUGAUCUUUGAAUUUGUUUUUUUGUUUGUUUGUUCAUUCUUUAUUGCAACUUUACACAAAUAUUAACAUGGUUUUAGACUUAGGUAUAGAUUCAAUAUUUGAUAGUAUACCUACUGUAACUGACUGUCACGUCCACAAAGUUCAAAAUUUUCUUUUACCUUAUGAUAAAUUUGUUAUUUUAAUACAAGAAUAGGAUAGGAUAGAAUAUAGAAGAUAUAUGAAACAUAGAAUCAUUGUAAAGUCACAAUGGUAUGGCAAGGUAGCAAAAAUAUUUUUAUUUA